AUGGACAUCCAAGACCUCAAGGAUCCUCACGGCGGCAAUCUUCUCAAGACCGCCGACAAGCGUCUAGCCUAUCUGGACUUUGGUCUGGUGAGCGUGAUACCUCCGGGGGUCAUGGAUGCGCUCAUCUGCGCCACGGUGUACGUGAUGAACAGGGACUAUGUGGCGCUUGCCAAAGGUUUCCCCGCACUAGCGUUGAUGAGCGAGAGCGACCUGUUGGAGGACUUCGAACCGUUCGCCGCCGCCCUGGAGGCGGCCUUGGACCCCAUCGUUGCCGACUUCCGCCGACAGAUGGGACUAGACGGCGGUUUCGGCAGCAACGAGGCGCCUUCGGGGUCCGAGCGGGUGGCGUUCGCGCAGCUGAUCGACCGCGUCUUCCUCCUGGCGAGGUCCUUCAACUUUCGGGUGCCCCCGUACUUCAUCAGCAACGUUAGGGCCCUCGGUGAACUGGAGGGGCUAGCCAUGACCGCGGACCCGGGUUUCAACCUGAUAUCGGUAGUGUACCCCUACGUGUGCCGCAGGCUACUCACGGACCCCAGCCCCCCAUUGCGAGCCGCCCUCAAAGAUCUCAUCGUUGCGGACGACGGGUCGGUCCAGUGGGACGUGCUGGAGGUGCUCAUGAGCGAUUCCAACUUUCUCGACCAACGAGUUGGGGCCGGGGGAGAGACGAGCUCCUUGCUGCGCUUGGUGAGAUGUGAGAAGCAUGGCAAACAGGGGAAACAGUCCUUGUCGACGACUGCGUCCUUUGGGCCAACUGACCGGCAUCUACGCCACUGCUCCAAAGGCUAUACUCGGAGCGUUUCGAGGGCUGCUUUCGCGGAGACACGGCGAAGAAACAUCGACGGCUUGAAGCGUCAACGCUGCUGA